AUGUCUACUUCUAGACCGGGAAUGCGCCCUCCAUCCCCCCCGAAGGCUGGCCCCAGGGCACCGCCGAUGGGUCGGUUGGCCAGUCUCAAAUCCCCUAAUCCUGCUGCAAUAAGACGACCUCAACCAAUUGGUCGGCCACAACCAGCCAAGCCGACUACUCACCCGAAGACUUCUACAUGCCCUAACCCUGGUUGUCCCGCACCUCAUAUUGUCGAGGACGAUGGGCAGAAGGUUUGUUCUGGGUGUGGUACGGUCAUCAGCGAGGCAAACAUUGUCUCCGAAGUGACUUUCGGUGAGACAUCGUCCGGUGCUGCAAUUGUUCAAGGUACAUUUGUUGGAGAAGAUCAGACUCAUGUCCGCAGUUAUGGCCCCGGCUUUCAACGUGGAGGUGGUGCGGAAAGCCGAGAGAUUACUGAGCAAAACGGUAGUCGAUAUAUCAAUCAGCUAUCCCGUGCUCUGAACAUUCCGGAGAGUGCUUCGAAAGCUGCUGGUCAGGUUUUCAAGCUCGCAGUUGGUUUGAACUUCAUUCAAGGUCGCCGAACAAAAACAGUGGCUGCGGUGUGUCUCUACAUCGCUUGCCGCCGGCAGGACGGUAACACCGUAAUGCUCAUUGAUUUUGCGGAUGUCCUCAUGAUCAACGUGUUCAAGCUAGGCCGAACGUAUAAAGCUUUGCUGGAAGAGCUGCGUCUAGGUGGCAAUGUAUUUCUGAUGAAUCCGAUCGAUCCAGAGAGUUUGAUUUAUAGGUUUGCCAAACAGCUGGAAUUUGGAGCUGCCACGAUGCAGGUAGCCAGCGAAGCUGUCCGUAUCGUGCAACGAAUGAAUCGCGACUGGAUGACCACCGGUCGACGUCCUGCUGGUAUUUGUGGUGCUGCUUUAAUUCUUGCGGCGCGAAUGAACAACUUCCGGCGCACGGUCCGCGAGGUUGUAUACGUCGUCAAAGUAACUGAAAUCACUAUCAGCCAACGUCUCAACGAAUUUGGUGCAACGGAAAGUGGAGAGUUGACAGUCGAUCAAUUCCGCUCUGUCCAGCUGGAGAAUGCCCAUGAUCCGCCCUCUUUCACCAGGGCAAGGGAAGGGAGGAAACCGUCGCGGAGUUUCAGAAGAAGACCCACGGAAACCGCAGCGGAUAUUGAGGGAGAUCUUACUGAUGUCACUACAACUCCCUCGAACAGCGCUCCCCAACAGCAUAAACGCGUUGAUGCGGAUGGCUUUGCCAUCCCUAGCCUUCCCAUCGAUCCGGCCUUGAUAGCAGCAGAUGGCGAGAGACGAACGUCAACAACAUCCAUCGAGAGCGAGGUUGCAUCAGAAGUUAGCGAAAACCCGGAUAAACCAGCUAGGGGCCGCCCUAAAGGCUCCAAGGCACGACCCCUACCAACUCCGACUCCCGAUCAAAUCGCCUCAGAGGAAGCCCUCGAAAAUGAGAUGACCGCCUAUCUGACAAAGGGCUCCAAUAUGAUCGAGAGUACCACGGUACCAAGGAAAGCUGUGUCCGAAAGCGCUGAAAUCGAUGAGGCCGAAUUUGAAUCAGAUCCAGAGGUCUCCAACUGUUUACUGUCCCCUGCUGAGGUCGAAAUUAAGGAGCGGAUUUGGGUGCACGAGAACAAAGACUAUCUGCGGACACAGCAGGCCAAGGCUUUGAAACGGGCCUUGGAAGAGGCUGAUUCCCAGCCCGGAAUGCAUAAACCACGCAAGCGUCGUCGCGGUAGGCUAGGGGACGUCACGUACCUACAGGGUGACGGCGAAGACGGUGAUGGAAGAAGCACACGGGCUUCUACUCCAGCAGAAGCAACACGUCGAAUGCUGGAACGAAGGGGGUUCAGUAAAAAGAUCAACUAUCGGUUGUUGGAGUCACUGUUCGGCGAAGAGGGUGCAGAUGAGGCCGCCAAGGCGGAAGGAGAGAGAAUGAGCCGCAGUCAGAGUUACAAUCAGGGUGUAUUUUCCGGAAUCGUGGGGAAUGAAGACUUUCUCAAUGUUGUACAUCACCCAGGCUCUGCGGCCAUUGGGAUCAUAGUUGGGAUCUACAAUCUAGGCUGCUUCCUCGGGACAGGAGUGUGUUUCAUGAUUGGAGAUAGGCUAGGGUUUCGAAGGACAAUGUGGUUCUCGAUGACUUGGAUUGUGGCUGGGGCCAUUGCACAAACCUGCGCGUUUUCCACAGCACAAUUGCUGGCGUCGCGAUUCUUUACUGGGAUUGGCACUGGGGUUUUUACCAGUAUUGUGCCAGUGUACCAAUCGGAACUGUGCGACGCACGGAAACGAGGAAUGUAUGUAUGUAGCCAACCUCUUGCCGUUGGGGUAGGCAUUGUUGUUGCCUAUUGGUUCGACUACGGGAUGAGCUAUGUUGAAGGACCCGUAAAUUGGCGGCUACCAAUCGCCUGCCAGAUUAUUUUUGCUCUCAUUGUGACGGUUAUGGUCCUCGGGCUACCGGAGAGUCCUCGAUGGCUAUACCGGCGAGGUCGUGGAGGCGAAGGCUUGCAGGUGCUCUGUGACUUCCAUGAUCGCACCGCGAACGACCCAAAAAUAAUUGAAGAGUCGCAAGGGAUAACCAAAGCUAUCCAGCUGGAUAUCCUCCGCGGAGAAUACAGGUGGUCCCAGAUCUUCAAGAAAGAUGAGUUGCACACGGGCAGACGUGUGCUACUGGCCUACGGGUUGCAAUUCAUGAACCAAAUGGGAGGAGUCAACAUCAUAGUCACCUAUGUCACUACAGUGUUGGAGACCAAUGUGGGCCUUGACAAGGAGUUGAGUUUACUUCUGGGAGGUGUGAUUCAGGUGAUGUUUGUCAUAGGCUCGUUCUAUCCCACAUUCUACUCCGAUCGACUGGGUCGAAAAAAGCCGAUGAUGUGGGGAUCUUUCGGAUUAUUCCUUUGUAUGAUGAUGAUCUCCAUUCUUUUGUCUUUCAAGGGCACCUCCUUGGAGAAAGCAGCAGCUACCGCAUCGGUGCCGUUUUUCUUCUUGUUUAUGCUCAUCUUUGGCGCGUCCAUUAACUGCAUACCAUGGGUUUACGGGCCGGAGAUUCUCCCCCUUCACGUCCGAGCGAAAGGCCAAGCUCUCGGAGUCUCGGCAAACUGGCUGUGGAAUUUCUUCGUAGCCAUGAUCGGACCAACCUUGAUCAAUGACCUUGCAUGGAAGGGCUACCUGAUUUUCAUGUGUUUCAAUCUUGUCUUCGUGCCGGUGAGCCAGAAUCGUCCGCAACCAUCUCUUCCAUUAUAA